UGCACUUUUUUUAUGUUAUUUUUUUACAAUCAGAUAUUUUUGGUUUUGUUUUAAAAAUGUCUUUUUCUUGCAAUCAUUCCCUGGACGGUAGCUUUCCUCCAUCCCCAGCGGAGGACAACAGGGGUUCACAGCGGCUGUCCUGGGGCAGUCUGCUGCAAAGGCUGACUGAGCUGAAGGGGAUCAGUCAGAGAGUCACAACAGAUCAUCAGUGCAGCAGGAGUGAAACUGGUUCUGUAGCAGACGUGUCCCUGACAGAGUCAGACAGCAGUUUCUUUUGUUACCCCCUGGAGGAGACUCUGGCUACUGAGGUUGUGACCACCAUCACACAAAGUCUCAAUGAUGCAUCACACAUCCUGGGCUGCUCAAAACUCAUCUUACCUGACUGUCUUCUGCACAGUAUCAGCCAGGAACUGCUCCACUUGGCUGUCAGUGAGCCCUGCGGCCUCAGGGGAGCACUCAUAGACCUGUGUGUGGACAGAGGGGACCAGGACUCCCUAUGUACUGUGGAUCAAAUAGCAGUGGAUUCAAGUCUGGUCCCCACCUUCCAUGUGACCCUGGUGCUGAGGUUUGAGUCUAGUGGGCUUUGGCCAAAGGUUCAGAAACUCUUCAAGAGUGGCAAUUCCCCGCAGAGAUCUCCAUUGUCUCCCAUGCACAGACACACUCAGAAGCUGAGCACCACCUUCAGGGCUAUCAAGAAGAAACUGUAUUGUUCAGGAGAGCUGUUGAUUGAAGAGUGCUGCUGA